AUGUAUCAGAGAAACAGUGCUGAAGAUUUCAAGGGGUUUUCAGGGAUGAGCUUUCUCUCCCCCUUUCCUUCAUCAUCUUCUCCUCUCCCUCCCUAUUUUGGCGUUUCAGGUUCUCCUACAUUGGAGAAUGUUGGGAGCAGAGUUUAUUUUGGGAAGGACAAGAAUGGAGUGGAUUUGAACCAGGUUAACGAAGAAGAAGAUAGGAACUUCGGAGCAAGGACAGAGAACGAGAAUAGGCAAUCUAAGCUCUGUGGUAGAGGCCAUUGGAGACCCGCUGAAGAUGCCAAGCUCAAAGAGCUUGUCACUCAAUAUGGUCCUCAGAAUUGGAACUUGAUUGCCGUGAAGCUUGAAGGAAGAUCAGGGAAAAGUUGCAGAUUGAGAUGGUUUAAUCAGUUAGAUCCUAGGAUUAACAGGAGAGCUUUCAGUGAGGUAGAAGAAGAGAGGCUUUUAGCUGCUCACAGAUUGUACGGUAACAAGUGGGCAAUGAUAGCUAGGCUUUUUCCGGGAAGGACUGAUAAUGCAGUGAAGAACCAUUGGCAUGUGAUCAUGGCUAGGAAACAUAGAGAGCAAUCUUGUGUUUACAGGAGGAGGAAACCUUCUUCAUCUUCUCAGGCAAACCAUAAUAAGAAGUCUGAGAAUACCCAACAGAUCAAUGCAUGCAGUGAUUCUAAUAUUACAAGCAACAGGGAUGAAUCAGCCUCAACCUCCACAGAUCUCUCCCUCAAUAACUCUUCCACCAGAGUUCUUCCUUCUUUCUUGACCAGGUUCAGUUCACCCCAACAUCACCAACCCUCUCAAAUCCAAAUGGGCCAAUCUCAAGAGAGGGUGGUGACUUCGAGAAGUAACUGUUUUGAGAAGGUUGCUGUUGGUUCUAGCAGU